AAGCGCAUUCCAUAGAAAUGCUAAUUUUAGCAAUCUUAUUAUUAUGUUUUUGUCUAUGCUGCCAGGUAGAUAGAUGCAUAGGAAGAUGAAUGAAGAAUUUGAUGAAAACAACAAGAUAGCGCUGGUGGGAUCUUUAGAUGGUGAAGAGACGCAAAGAAGAGUCCAAGACUUCCAAGUAGCGUGACAGCCAAAACCAUCUUUUUCUCUUAACUUUUGUGUUCUUACUUGCUCAUUAAUCAGACGGUUGAGAAAAGAACUGAGCCACCACAACCGAUACAAUCCGUCAGAUGAUCAAAAGAGAUUGAUGACAUAUUUAUUUAUGUACUUGUCUCUUGUUCAAGGCAGCAUAGUUGUUGUGUUGUUGGUUUCUAAGUUUCAAGUCGGUUAAGCAUCUCUCUCUCUUUCUUUCUCCUCAUUCUCUCAUUCCCUUUCCCCUCUUCUCCCCCAAACCUAACCUUCACAUUUCAUCAAUCAAAACAAAAAUCAAACGUUAUAAUUCAGUGGAAAAGCUAGCUACAACUAAUGGAGGAAUCAAUGUUGGUACCACCAUGGCUGGAAAAGUUGUUGUCAACAAAUUUCUUUACAGUGUGUAAGACGCAUAGCGAUUCAGCAAGAAGUGAAUGUAAUAUGUAUUGUUUAGACUGUAAUGGCGAUUCUUUUUGCUUCUACUGUCGAUCCUCUAGGCACAAAGAUCAUCGUGUCAUCCAAAUAAGAAGAUCGUCGUAUCAUGAUGUAGUGAGAGUGUCAGAAGUUCAAAAGGUGUUGGAUAUUAAUGGGGUACAAACUUAUGUGAUAAAUAGUGCUAGAGUUUUGUUCUUGAAUGAAAGACCACAACCCAAAGCUUCUUCCGGUACUAGUAGUAGUACUAAAGGUGUUUCUCAUAUUUGUGAAAUUUGUUGUCGGAGUCUUCUCGAUCCUUUUCGAUUCUGCUCUCUCGGUUGUAAGCUUGUAGGAAUAAGAAGAAAUGGGGAUGCCACCUUUACCAAUAAUGAUCAAGAUGAUGAUAUAAUAGGAUGUAAGAAUCAAGGAAUGAUAUCAAAGAUGAUGAGAAUAUCAAGAAAUCACAAUCGUCAAAGACAACAACAUCGCGAUCAUGAUCAUAAUCAUAAUCAAACUCAAGAAUUGCGUGAAGGAAUACAACACGAAAUGUACCCAUCACCUCCCACACCACCUCCACAGCCUCCUCCUUCUCGUCACCCAUCUUCGAGAAGCAGUAGAAGAAAAGGUAUUCCUCAUAGAGCACCCUUUGGGCCCUAAUGAAACCCUUACUAGCUAGCUAGAAUAUAUAUAGCUUAUAUUCUUCUAACUCAUCAAUUAAUCAUCCCCAUUUCAUUUUCUUUUACCUUACCUUACCUUCCCUUAAAGUAAGGGUUGGGUGCCCUUCUUUACACAACACUGUUGUGUAAAUGAAGUAAAUUCAUUAAUUAAGAUGAACUAAUGGUGAAUUGUUAAUCAUAGAAAUUGAUUGAUCAAGGUGCAAGGUGUAUAUUGUAUGUAUAAUUCAAUCCUAUAACAUUAAUGAACAAAACUCAUAUUGUGAAGUUAGGUACACCAAGUAAUAUAUGUUGGGUUUCAGAUGUGACAUCUUCUGAGUAGAUUUACGCUUUUUAUUCGUCUGUGGAAUUUGAAAAUUUUGUAAAAGUUUAAC